UUGAGAUUUUUUCUUGAAGCCGACCAAAAAAAGGAGAAAUCUAGCAGGCUAAUGUUUAUUCUCUCUUUUCUUUUUGUCAGAGGCUCAUUUGUCAGUAACCAUUUGAUCAACGGCUAAAUCCUAUAUCCACUAAAAUUCAACCACGUCAUCAGACAUACCAAUAUACAGCAACACUUGAUUGUAGCUAAUAAAAAGAUCGUCAACAGAAUUAACUCUUUAAAUCACUUCUCUGUUAUACCUCUCUGUUUCGCUCCCUGAAGAAGAAGAAACAGAGCGUUCAGAUUUCUCUUCAACAUAAUCAUGGCAUUGACCUUCUUCUUCUUGUUAUCGAAUUUGUUCUUCUCCGGAGUUAUGUCAAGGAGCUUCACAUUUUCAAACAAAUGCGAUUACACAGUGUGGCCGGGAAUUCUAUCUAACGCCGGAGUUUCUCCAUUACCAACCACCGGCUUCGUCCUCCUGAAAGGCGAGACGCGUACAAUCAACGCACCGUCAUCAUGGGGGGGUCGUUUCUGGGGAAGAACACUCUGCUCAACCGAUUCCGAUGGAAAAUUCUCGUGUGCCACCGGAGAUUGCGGCUCCGGAAAAAUCGAAUGCUCCGGCGCUGGAGCUGCUCCUCCUGCGACUUUAGCUGAAUUCACUCUCGAUGGCUCCGGAGGACUCGAUUUCUACGAUGUCAGUCUCGUCGACGGCUACAAUGUCCAGAUGCUGGUGGUUCCUCAAGGCGGCUCCGGUCAGAAUUGCAGCAGCACCGGCUGCGUCGUCGAUUUAAACGGAUCUUGCCCGUCGGAGCUAAGGGUGAAUAGCGUCGACGGGAAGGAGGCGGUGGCGAUGGCGUGUAAAAGUGCGUGCGAGGCGUUUCGGCAGCCGGAGUAUUGCUGCAGCGGCGCGUUUGGAUCGCCUGACACGUGUAAGCCGUCUACGUACUCGCGGAUCUUCAAGAGCGCGUGUCCACGCGCCUAUAGCUACGCGUAUGACGAUAAGUCUAGUACAUUUACGUGCGCGAAAUCUCCCAACUACGUCAUCACUUUCUGUCCUUCUCCCAACACCAGCCUAAAAUCAGCUGAGGAACACAGCACAGAGACAAUGACGACGACAAGUCCAAGUUCCGGCAGUACGACGUCGUCGCAGAUGGUCUACGAAGGUGCUCUGGACGAAAGCAGUGGUUCACCAUCUACGUAUCACGGCGUAUCACGAGCAAUCACAGUCGUUCUUCUCUCGCUUGCUUUUUGUCGUAUGUGGUGGUUCUUCUGACCAGAGAUUAUUUGUCUUAGUGUCUGCCACGUAUGCGCAGAAACAAGAACGUAUGGGCCUUUAGAAGGCCUUUUCUCACUAUAGUAAAAAUAUUUCUAAAGUUUUUCCACAUAAUGUCAACUUUUUACUCCACAUGACCAAACGUUGAAUGAUUAAACCAUUCUUAAGGAAAAUCAAGAAAGUAGGCUAUAUUAAAGCAUUAAUAUUGGUAGUAUUUUAGAUUAGUCUUAAGUCUAAACAUAGUUUUUAGGAAUAAUUUUAUAAUUAAUUUUAAAAAUUUUGAUGUUAAAAAACUAAAAUUUUGGCAAUAUACAAUGGUGGUUUUUA